CAAUAACAAAAAAAGGCCAUCCUUGUUCUGUUAGUAGAACAGCUGUUAAACCACCAAAUUAGGAAAACGAAAAUGUUCAUUGCAUUUAUUUUUAACUUAAAAUUGAACCUCUACUGAUGAGCAUUCCAAUGCCAAUCAGUUUUCUAAUCGGUUAAUUCAAAUAAGAGUUGAUUUUCUUUCAAAAAAAAAAUCGCCCUUGACCCGAGUGAAAGUACAAUUUUUCGGAGAGAAAACGUCACUUCUGCUGCCUGUCAACUGAACUCUAGCAUAGAGAAAUGUCCUAAAAAAAUAAAAAAUAAAAUACAACAAAAUCAUUGUAGUUAUAAAUUCGAUAAAUUCACCGCGAGAGUUUGUUGAAUAAUGAAUUGUCGUGUUGUGGUUAGUGUAGUUGAUAAACUGAGUGACCCUGUCCUGGAUUAUUGAAUAUUUUUUAUUGGGGGCUUUAUGAAGAAAAACUGAAUUAUGUCGACGAUGAAGAGCAGCGGUCUGGCCAAAAAAGAGGGCAAAAUGAGAAUCAGGGCCUUUCCGAUGACCAUGGACGAAAAGUACGUGGAAAGUAUAUGGGCCUUAUUGAAGAACGCCAUCCAGGAGAUCCAGAAGAAAAACAAUUCCGGCUUGAGUUUCGAGGAAUUGUACCGGAACGCUUACACUAUGGUGUUGCACAAGCACGGCGAACGAUUGUAUACCGGUUUGAAGGAAGUUGUAACACAUCAUUUAGAAUUUAAGGUACGAGAAGAAGUACUCAAGUCGUUGCACAAUAACUUUUUGACAGUACUAAAUCAGGCCUGGAACGAUCAUCAAACUUCAAUGGUGAUGAUUCGAGAUAUUCUUAUGUACAUGGAUCGAGUUUAUGUGCAGCAAAAUGACGUGGACAACGUCUACAAUUUAGGUUUAAUUAUUUUCAGAGAUCAGGUUGUCAGACAUGGUUGUAUCCGUGACCACCUACGCGAAACCCUUUUAGAGAUGGUAAUGCGCGAACGACGCGGUGAAAAAGUCGACCGCAUUUCGAUCAAAAACGCCUGUCAAAUGUUGAUGGUACUAGGCAUCAAUUCCCGAGCCGUCUACGAAGAAGACUUCGAGCGACCCUUUUUGCAACAAUCAGCCGAAUUCUACAAAGUUGAAAGUCAAAAGUUUUUAGCCGAAAAUAGCGCUUCCGUUUAUAUUAAAAAAGUCGAAGCAAGAAUAAAUGAAGAAUCUGAUAGGGCCAAACAUUACCUAGACGAAUCUACCGAAUCUAGAAUAGUAGAAGUAGUUGAACAAGAGCUAAUUAAAAAACACAUGAAAACAAUUGUGGAAAUGGAAAACUCUGGAGUAGUACAUAUGUUGAAACAUCAAAAAACCGAUGAUCUUUCUUGUAUGUAUAAAAUAUUCGGUCGGGUUGUAGAUGGUCUAAAAACAAUGGCCGAUUGCGUUAGUCAUUAUUUAAGAGAGCAAGGCAAAGCCUUGGUGCAAGAAGAAGAGCAUCAACCAGGUACCAACGCCAUCACUUUUGUCCAAUCCCUCCUAGACCUCAAAGACGGGUUUGAUCACUUCCUCAACAACUCCUUCAACAAAGACAAAAUAUUCAAGCAAAUGAUCGCUUCGGAUUUCGAACACUUUUUAAACCUGAAUCCCAAAUCGCCCGAGUAUCUGUCUUUGUUUAUCGAUGAUAAAUUGAAAAAGGGCGUCAAAGGAAUGACGGAACAAGAUAUUGAAAUGGUACUGGACAAGUCGAUGGUACUGUUUAGGUUUUUGCAAGAAAAAGAUGUUUUUGAGAGGUACUACAAACAACAUCUGGCUAAACGGUUGUUGCUCAACAAGUCGGUCAGCGACGAUUGGGAAAAGAAUAUGAUUUCAAAAUUGAAGACGGAAUGCGGUUGCCAGUUCACAUCAAAGCUGGAAGGCAUGUUCAAAGACAUGACAAUUUCGAACGGCCUUAUGGAAGAAUUCAAAGAGCACGUCACUAAAUCCGAGGCCAAUCUAGGAGGAGUCGACCUUUUCAUGCGAGUUCUAACAACGGGCUUUUGGCCGACACAAAGUGCCACGCCCAAAUGUCACAUACCAGCCGCGCCACUGUCAGCCUUUGAAUGUUUCAGACGAUUCUAUUUGGCCAAACAUAGUGGCCGUCAGUUGACGUUACAACCUCAACUUGGCAACGCCGAUCUGAACGCCGUCUUUCACGGGCCGCGCAAAGAAGAGGCCGAAGGCGCGUGCUCGUCCUCAACGAGUUUAGGCGGUAAUGGCCGACCCGGACCCCGAAAACACAUCAUUCAAGUGUCCACCUAUCAAAUGGUCGUACUGAUGUUGUUCAACAAUCACGACAAGUUGUCAUAUGAAGAGAUUCUUAAUGAAUCUGACAUCCCAGAAAGAGAUCUCAUCCGAGCCCUACAAUCCUUGGCGAUGGGCAAAGCGACCCAGCGCAUCCUAAUCAAAACCCCUAAGACAAAGGAAAUUGAGUCAUCGCACGAAUUCCAAGUCAACGAUUCCUUUACCUCGAAACUUCACCGGGUGAAAAUUCAAACGGUUGCCGCCAAAGGCGAAAGCGAACCAGAACGACGAGAAACUAGAAGCAAAGUUGACGAAGAUCGUAAACACGAAAUCGAAGCGGCGAUAGUGCGGAUAAUGAAAUCGAGAAAACGUAUGGCGCAUAAUAUUUUGGUGGCCGAAGUGACGGAACAGUUGCGCAGUCGUUUCCUGCCCUCUCCGGUGAUAAUCAAGAAGCGAAUCGAAGGACUCAUAGAACGCGAGUAUUUGGCGCGGACGCCCGAAGACCGGAAAAUUUACACCUACGUCGCUUGAGGUGACUGAAAAAAACCGGACAUUAAUUGACGUUUUGUGCAAUUACGGCGUGCGGUUAUAGUUUUUAAUUGUAUUUGUAAGAAAAGUAUAACUAGAGGGGAGGACGGAGAUUUAGUGAUUUGUACAAAAAUGGAAAAACAAAAAAAAAAAAAGUAAACGUUGAUUUCUCUUUUGAUUCAUUUUGAUUCGAAUGAAUUUUCCCCGCGGGUGGAAUGAUGAUUUACAGGUUUUUUUACAUUGACUGUCUCUUUGAAAAAAAUACAACUAAAUAAAUCAAAAUAUUAUUUAAUUUCAGUUUUUGAGUUUUUAUGCAAACAAUGGCAACAAUGGAAAAAAUUUUGAAGAAACUAUUAAUUGUGGUUAAUAAAUUGCUUCUUGGCGAAACAA